CAUAUUUUUUUCCCCAGAUACCAUGUUUGUGUGGUAGUGCACCUUGUUUGCUAUGCAGAUGUUGUCCUAGUGGAAACAACUCCACUGUAACUAGAUUGAUCUAUGCACUUUUCUUGCUUGUUGGAGUGUGUGUAGCUUGUGUGAUGUUGAUACCAGGAAUGGAGGAACAACUCAAUAAGAUUCCUGGAUUUUGUGAGAACGAGAAAGGCGUCGUCCCUUGUAACAUUCUGGUUGGCUAUAAAGCCGUAUACCGUUUGUGCUUCGGGUUGGCCAUGUUCUAUCUUCUCCUUUCUUUGCUGAUGAUCAAGGUGAAGAGCAGCAGUGAUCCUAGAGCCGCAGUGCACAAUGGAUUUUGGUUCUUUAAAUUUGCUGCAGCAAUUGCAAUUAUUAUUGGGGCAUUCUUCAUUCCAGAAGGAACUUUUACAACUGUGUGGUUUUACGUAGGCAUGGCAGGUGCCUUUUGUUUCAUCCUCAUACAGCUAGUCUUACUUAUUGAUUUUGCCCAUUCGUGGAAUGAAUCAUGGGUCGAAAAAAUGGAAGAAGGCAACUCAAGAUGCUGGUAUGCAGCCUUAUUAUCAGCUACAGCUCUGAAUUAUCUGCUGUCACUCGUUGCUGUUGUCCUGUUCUUUGUCUACUACACUCACCCAGCCAGUUGUUCAGAAAAUAAGGCAUUCGUCAGUGUCAACAUGCUCCUCUGCAUUGGUGCUUCUGUGAUGUCUAUACUGCCAAAAAUCCAAGAAUCACAACCAAGAUCUGGUCUGUUACAGUCUUCAGUAAUUACAGUCUACACAAUGUAUUUGACAUGGUCUGCUAUGACUAAUGAACCAGAAACAAACUGCAACCCUAGUCUGCUGAGCAUCAUUGGCUACAACACAACAAGCACUAUCCCAAAGGAAGGGCAGUCGGUCCAGUGGUGGCAUGCCCAGGGAAUCAUCGGACUCAUCCUCUUCUUACUGUGUGUGUUUUAUUCGAGCAUCCGCACUUCAAACAACAGCCAGGUCAAUAAACUGACUCUAACAAGUGAUGAAUCCACGUUAAUAGAAGACGGUGGAGCCAGAAGCGAUGGGUCCCUGGAGGAUGGCGACGAUGUGCCCCGUGCUGUGGACAAUGAGCGCGAUGGCGUCACCUACAGUUACUCCUUCUUCCACUUCAUGCUUUUCCUGGCUUCGCUGUACAUCAUGAUGACCCUCACCAACUGGUACAGGUACGAACCCUCUCGUGAAAUGAAAAGUCAGUGGACAGCUGUCUGGGUGAAAAUCUCUUCCAGUUGGAUCGGGAUCGUGCUGUAUGUUUGGACACUGGUGGCACCGCUUGUUCUUACAAAUCGUGAUUUCGACUGAACGGGACUUCUGGCAUGAAAGUUCCACUUCGAUCUUUGCUUAUUUGAAAACAGUGUUCCCAACUUUCGUAAAGUUGUAUAUGUGUAUGCUUCCCAUGUAACUUCUUCAGUGUUGUGCUGGCAUGAACUAGAUUUUACCGCUUGCCAUUUUAUUCAUUAUUUUCUUGCCAAGCGCACUGAUAAGUGAACUAAAAUGAAUUGCAAAGGGAGAAAUUUAUGACUCUGCUGGUAAGGAAAAGUGGACUUUGUUAGGCUCAUCCUCUGUUCUGUACCUGUAAAAUUAAGAGGAAAAACAAACUUGCUUGACAGUUUGGUUUUAAAAUUGUGUUAGCUCUUAAGGUGUUUUAGAAGGCAUGAAAGCAAAUUUAUGGCUGCCUUUUGAAGUAUUUUAUGUGUUGCCUUGCAGGAUACUGUGAAGAAUGUGGCUAUCCUAAAAUCUUGCAAAUAAGUCACCUAAAUAUCAUCGUCUGAAAAUCUUGUUAGGUUUUCCCCUUGAUACGAAAGUAAGGGACUUACACAGGUAGGGAGUGUUCAGGGGGUGACGGCGUAGGUUAUGGAUGGUGUGUGGGUACUAAGUUGGAUACCCAGUGAAUCAUCUUCCUUGGAGAGAUGCCCAAGAACAUGAACACUGCUCUGGUCGUUAGAAGCCCGGGCAGAAAGUACGAGUCCAGUGGGUGUGUUUGAAACUGAAAAAUUUAGAUAAGGAUUUGAAAAGGAUGAUCAUAGGUUAGAAGGAAGUUGUUGAAAGUCACUUUGAAAGUUACUCUUGAAAAUCAAAGGCGGUAGAGUUUUGACAGGGCAGGAAGAAACAGCAAAAUACCAGGCUUUGGUAGGUACUUAGAUAAAACCUAGUCAGUUCUUUCAUUCUAAAAAUGAAGAACUGAAGCACAGACUUAAAUAGCUCAAGUCGCCAAUUAGUGGCAAAGCUGCUGACAGUAGCUGGCAUUCUGACAUCCAGAGGUAAUUUCUGUUCAAAUACAUGCAAAAUUGACUUUACACGUCAUUACUGGUGGAUAACUUAAGUGACGUGGAUCGCUGGCGUCCAGCCUGCCUUCUCCCCAUGAGCUGAGGUCAGGAUAAUGAUGGAAUGUUGUAGAAAUAAGCUCCUGCUUACAGUACACUACGCAGUUCAAAAGAUGUUAUGAUGCUUUUGUAUUUACGGCCAUGUAAUUGAAAUAUGUAGAUUAUAAUCUCUCAAUCUGAAAAUCAAGCAGUAUGACAGUGACAGUUAAAUAAGUUAUUUGUGUGUGUCAUUAGUGUUUAAUGAAGCUUUCAAAACAUCUACAUUUCCUUCUUUAAGAAUAUUUAUUGUAAAUGAAGUAUAACAAUUCAACUUAAUUCCCUAACCUUAUUCUGUGUGUUGAUACUGUUUCACAGUUUUGAAUGACUGUGUUUUAUCUCUAAAUAAAUGAAUUCCAAGAAAG